AUGUAUAAUUCAUAUAGUCAAUAUGGACUAAAUGCACCUCUCCCGAAAUAUAGUGAAGUUGGACCGGAUGGUUCUAUUCUUUACCAAUCGGACCAAGUUCCUACCUACGCGAGUACUACAUAUUUACAACCACAUGGCGCAGUUCAUCGCAGUCAAUUGGACAUGACCGAUGUAAGAACUAGUGAUUAUUAUAGAACCUUUGAUAUUCCUGAACGAUUCGAUCGACCUAGCUGGUGGCAAGGCUACACAAAAGUAGAGUCACAUCCAUUUUAUCGUACAACAAAUCAAGAAUAUGGUGCUUACAAACCUGAAGUUCAUACAAUGCCUAGUGUAUAUCGUUUUCAGCCACAUAGCUUCACCAGCAUAAGGUCCAUUGGUGGCAACUUUCGUCGUAAUGGUUUUAAUACAAGUACAAUUAGUUUGGUUCCAAAAGAAGUACCCAGAGGCACACUUCCGAUUUCGCUUGGAUCACCGAGACAAGCAAAUCCAUUUAUCGAUGCUGCAUUAGUGUUCUACACUGAAUAUUCUAUUGAUUUUAUAUCGAUUCUUAAAAUUCAUUUUGAUCUUGUAUGCCAUCGUAUUCGACCAGACCAAGUUGUUUUUCUUAAACUUCAAGAUGAUCAUAAUGCACCGUGUCAAAUUCAACUUUUUCUUUCUUAUUUUCGGGUUGAACAGUUUACUCGUCUGCGUUCAUUAACAUUAACUCUUGAUGUAAGUGAUUCUGGAACGCAAAUAUUUUUAAAUCUCGAUAAAUUGAGUUCUCUUGAGUCAUUGUCAUUAAUGUCAUACGAGACUAAUGGAUUUUACUUUGCACGACGUUAUGAUAAUGACAUAGAUGUCACUCAACAAGAUAAUACCAUCCUAGUGAAAAUACUCAUCAAGCGAGUACGACCUGCCAGCAUGAGUACACAAAAGACUCAUUGGAGUACUCGUGAAGUUAUCUGCUUAUCUUUAAUGUUCGUGUACUCAAGGGAGUACUCGCAUAAGUUAGCUUUCUGA